AGAAGGAGAACGACGACCAAUAGAAAGUUGACAGGAGAGCUGUUCAUUGCAGUCCAACAGAAUGUGUGGAAAAGUUUUAUUUUCGUUGCUUAUCCUUUUCAUAUUCUACCAUGACUCCAUUGACGCACAGAAGAAGAAAGAGACUCUCCUUUCUGAGAAAGUGACACAGAUGAUGGAGUGGACCUCCAAGCGUUCCAUCAUUCGAAUGAACGGUGAUAAAUUUCGCCGCUUUGUAAAGGCUCCUCCCAGAAACUACUCCGUCGUCAUCAUGUUUACAGCGUUGCAAAGCCACAGGCAGUGCGGGGUCUGCAGACAAGCAGAUGAAGAAUUUCAAGUGCUGGCUAACUCCUGGCGCUAUUCCUCUGCCUUCACAAACAAGGUCUUCUUUGCAUCCGUCGAUUUUGAUGAAGGAUCGGAUGUCUUUCAGAUGCUUAAUAUGAACUCUGCGCCGACAUUUCUCCAUUUCCCUGCGAAAGGGAAGCCCCGUAAGCCUGAUAACUACGAGCUCCAGGUCAAAGGCUUUGCAGCUGAGCAGCUGGCGAGGUGGGUGGCAGACAGGACUGGUGUGCAGAUUCUACUUAUUCGUCCUCCCAACUAUGCUGGGCCUCUCCUUCUUGGUUUUCUCCUUGCUGUCAUCGGUGGACUGGCCUAUCUACGAAGGAACAAUUUGGAGUUUCUCUUUAACAACAACGUUUGGGCCUUCUCUGCACUGUGUUUUGUCCUGAUCAUGACCUCUGGCCAGAUGUGGAACCACAUCAGAGGACCCCCAUAUGCACACAAGAACCCAAACACUGGCCAGAUUAGUUAUAUCCAUGGCAGCAGUCAAGCCCAGUUCGUGGCUGAGACGCAUAUCGUCCUCCUCUUCAAUGCUGCAGUUACCAUGGGAAUAGUGCUGUUGUGUGAGGCCGCUACCUCUGAUGUAGACAUUGGAAAAAGGAAGAUUAUGUGUGUUGUAGGUAUUGCUCUGGUGGUGCUGUUCUUCAGCUGGCUACUGUCUAUUUUCAGGGCCAAGUAUCACGGCUAUCCAUAUAGCUUCCUGAUGAGUUAGGGCUGAACGGCAUCCUCUUCCUGACCAGAAGUAGCCAAAGUGCCUCCAUUCUCCAUUUGUUUAACGUGGAAGAAAUGUCAUAGUGUUGUUACUGUAAGAACUGAUUCCUCCUCUGAUCUGUCGAGCCAAAGAUGUUUGUGUGCUCUUUGUCCACACACACAUUCUCACACAGUGCUUUACAAGACUCUCUUAUGUUUUUAUCAGACUGAAUUGAUGAUACUGUACAAGAGAGAAGGAAGUAGUCAUCACAAUGAUUUUUAAUGCCUCAUUUUCCAACUUCUUGAAAAUGUUUUUUUUUUUUAAUGUCGGAUAAUUUGAUUCGAAAUGGAGAAGUUUUAUAUAUGGUAAUACCAUACUGUGUGAACAACAACAAAUAAUUGAGGUUUACAAAAACUCCGUUUUUUGUUUUUUUGUGAUGGUAAAUUGUUCACAUAAAUCAACAUUUGCUUCUCUGUUCAAAACCAACGUUAAGAGGCAAUGAUAAUUAUAUAAUAUGAAUUAAAGAAUUAAAUUUGGGUUCCAAUCUG